UUCUGGUUAACGUCAGAUCCUAGGAAACUAGAUUAGUUUGCCAUCCUAAAAUUGACUAUCGUCAACGAAAAUGUUCAAAGGUUUGGGGUCGUGGCUGGGUUUGGAGGGCGCAGCGUAUAUGAAGAAACCAGAUGACAGGGAGAAUCCCGACUUGGCUGUGGAGCAAGAAGAGAAGAUCGUGCAAGCGCAGAACGAGGUAAACAAACAGCAGCCGACCGAGCAAGAGGACGAACCAGAAACAACCCAGGCACUCUCCCCGCAAGGACAAGGACUAAGUGAUUACAUCUUUAGUUUUGCCUCCAAUGCCACCAAGAAGAUAUCGGACUCCGUCGUAGAGACUGCCCAGACCAUCAAAAAGAGCGUGGAAGAUGGAAACAUUGAUGGCAUAAUAGACAAGACUUUUCUGGGAGACUUUCAAAAGGAGCAGCAGAAGUUUGUUCAGGAAAAGAAAUCCAAAAGAUCAGAUACAGCAGUGCUUCCCUGGGUUGGCUAUAAUGAAGAGGAGACAAUCCAACAACAGAUUCUUGCUCUUUCUGCUGACAGGAGGAACUUCUUACGUGACCCACCUGCUGGAGUCCAGUUCCACUUUGACCUUGAGCAGAUGUACCCUCUGGCCAUAGUGAUGCUGGAGGAGGACCAACUGCUCAAUCGCAUGCGCUUCGACCUGGUCCCAAAACUUGUAAAGGAGGAGGCAUUCUGGAGGAAUUAUUUUUACCGAGUAUCUCUGAUCAAGCAGUCAGCUCAGCUAACAGCCCUGGCAGCCCAACAGCAAAAGGAGGAGGAGGAGGGGAGACGGAGCAGUAUUUCAGCUGAGGAUGUCACCUUAACAGAAAACGUCAGACCAAAAACACCUCCUGUUUCCAUCAGUGACAUGCAAAAGCCACCUCAGGAGGAAGAGGAGGAGAUGUCCACCAGCCCUGGGGUGUCAGAGUUUGUGAGUGAUGCUUUUGACUCGACAGCCAUCAAUAAGGAGGACCUGAGAAAAGAGAUGGAGCAGCUGGUGUUGGAUAAGAAGAACACCCCCUCCCCCGAUGAGGAGUCACCAGACUGGGAGGAGGAGCUGCAGCAGGAGCUCCAGGAAUACGAGGUGGUGACGGAGUCAGACAACAAAGAUGAUCAAUGGGAUCAGGAGAUCGAAAAGAUGCUCCAAGCUGAUGAUAGCUAGAUGCUGCAUCUAUCCGCCAUACAGACUUGCAGAUUACUAAUGACCAAUAUUGCACUACAGAAGUAAAUAUCCAGUCCUCCCAGAAAUAAGUGUCGGUUGACUUGGAUCCAUUGCCACCUUGACAGAUACAAGUGUAGCUAUGAUUAUGGCAAGAUUGGGAAAGCUCUGCUGGACACAUGAUGGUUAUGUUUAACUACUGGUUGGUAAAGGGCUGUUUUAUUUGUUCAGUUUGGGCUAGUUUGUCUUGCUUUCAGUUGUCCUUUCCAAGAGACGUAUGAGCUGCAAAGGAUAGCCACUAGAGAGUGCACCGGUGCAAGUGCAAAGUAUUUUAAUAUGGUUUUGGGGAGGCCGUUGAAAAUUAUAGAUAUACAUUAAAUUUAUCUUUGUUUCAAAAGCUUCUUGCUGGUGGUUUGUACAUUUAAGUCUCUUAUAAAUGUAUAGUUACAGUCAUGUAAAUAAAGAGCAUUCUAACACUUUGCACAUUCAAUGAGACAUUAUGUCUCGUUGAUUAUAUCAGCAUUUAAUUUUAGAUAAUGUAUUUCAUUUGAACAGAUUUCUGAAAAUGCAUGUCUGGUAUUCAGCUGCACUGAUUGUGUCUGCAGCUUAAAUGCUGUCCACAUUUUUUUUUCUGUUUCACUUUCGUGUUUUUUUUUCUUUUUAAUCAAUAUUCUUCAAUUAUUCUGAAUAAAAAAACAAAAGUGCACCUUGGAUCAUGUUUAUACAGAUAAGACUGGCCAAAAUUAACACAGGAAAACUGCAAGAGAAACUGAUGGGAAGGAGUACCCAGGUAACUCAAAACACAGUUAUGCUCUUUAUGAAAGUGGACUGAAAGUAUAAUACAUGGCACAAAAGAUAACAUUUUGGUAAAAGAAAAAUAAAAUUUUGGUAAAA